GUCAGCUAAGAGGUUAGCGUCCACUUCCCGACAUCCGCCGCCGCCGCCGCUGACAUUCCGAACAGUGCCGGAGAAAGCCGAUCGCGCCCGAUAUACGACGGUGUCCCGCGGGAAAGCGCUCCAGCCGGCAAUUGACGGCCACAGCGAUUCUCGAAAGCAGUGCAGCAGUUCAGAACGCUUCCGUACACCAGUACAGCGGAGACCAUCGAGAUGUAUCUCGCCGUGAACUGCAGGAGCUUGCUGCUGUGCGCCGCCGUGGUGCUGCUGCUGCCAUGUAGCGGGGACGGCUUCAGCGCGGCAGGCUACAGCGGAGCCACCUGCCGGGGAAGCUCGCUACUGCAGAGCGGAGGCCUGUCCUGCGACGUGAAGAAGUCCAUCCUGGACGCGCACAACAAGUACCGACAGUCCAUCGCGCUGGGUUACGUCGCUGGACAGCCUGGAGCCGCCAGGAUGCUGGAAAUGGUGUGGGACGAGGAGCUGGCGUCGAUCGCACAGCGCUGGGCCGACCAGUGCACCAUGGGACACGACCACAACCGCGAUGUCUCGCGCUUCCCCGUGGGCCAGAACGUGGCGGCCACGUGGACGACGCGCCGGCAGGUUAGCCUGGAGCCGGACUUCGCGCGGCAGAUCGCCGCCUGGUACGGCGAGGUGGCCGCCUACCGCUACCAGGACGGCAGCCUCGGCGCCGCCACCGGUCACUACACGCAGCUGGUGUGGGGAGACACGUACCUGGUGGGCUGCGGCUACAGCUUCUUCUACGACCGCAGCCGCGGAUACACCAAGCUCUACGUCUGCAACUACGGGCCUGGAGGUAACGUCGUUGGAGCAGCCCCUUACGAGAAGGGCAGCCCAUCCUGUUCGUCUCAAGGCAUCUCCCCGUCCAAGCGGUACCCUGGACUCUGUGAGGUGCGCGGCUACUCACAGCUGGGGUCGCAGUGCAGCUACUCGACCUUCGGCGGCUUCUCCGCCUUCUGGGGAUGAACACGCCGCCGUCGAAGGCGCACGCUCUCCGCUGGUCACCGGUUCGACACUCUACGGCCUAGCCAGCUGACACCGCCUGUCCACAGCAGAGCUGGAGUGGGCUGCGAGGAACUGGAGAUUUUCCAGCAACUUCUCCAUACGGAAACGACGCUGCGUCACCGUGGGGAGGACCGAUUCACCUCCCACGCCGCCCCACCGCGGUCUCUAAACGCUUCCCUCAAGGCACGCCGCCUCUGUUCUCAGAAGAAAUUCUGCUCUUUGUUCGCAGUAAUCGUUCUGCUUCUACUGCCUUUGUACAAAAGCGACAUUGUGUGAAAAAAAAAACAACCAGAAUUGUGGAUCAAAUCGCGCUACAUCACCAGGAGCAUUUACCUCACGUCAUCAUUCCAUUACUUCAACCCAUUUGCUACGCAAUUUCUUCCUCUGCUCCUAUGUAAACAUUAAGAACUACUGUACCUAAACGCAGUCUUAAACUGCCCUUAUCAUAGCGCUAUCGAUAAACAUCAUAUUCUAAAAUUGUCAGGCCUGGUUUUCCUCGUACUUUUCUUUAGCAGAUUACCCAUCACUUCUGUCAUCUUCAGAGAGGUCUGUAGCUUGUACCAACACUUCUUGUUGCCAACCAACAGCUGAGGAGAACAACCAUGACAAACGUAUAACACAAAUACUAUUAUCUCUCUUCAUAAUAGGAUGCACGUCACGUCUUUCACGAGUGCUCUCUAUAUCUCCAGUAUACUAUGUUUGGACUUGUCGUUUUCGAAUUACAGGAGACUCAUUUCACACCAGUUAUGUACAAAAAGACAAUAAGCUGUCG